UGGUCGUAUUAGUGACGUCAUGUGCUCGUGUUCCUUAUUUGGAAGUGUUGCAUAAAGUCCAGAGACAUUAUUGUGCAGUUUUUUUUCUUUCUAAAAGUCUAAAUGACAGCCGCUUCAUUUCUGUGAAUGAAAUACCUCUUCAUAUGAUCGGGCAUUGUUAGUGUUCUGUUCCCAUGUUUAAGAUGACUCAAGUCUUUGUGUACGGCACACUAAAGAGUGGUCAACCCAACUACUACAGGAUGCUUGAUGCUGCCAAUGGUAAAGCGAAGUUUCUUGGGCGAUCUCGCACUGUGGACUCAUACCCUCUAGUAAUCGCCACCCAAUACAACAUCCCCUUCUUACUAAACGUCCCUGGGAAGGGUCACUGUGUCCGAGGGGAGAUCUAUAGUGUGGAUGAGAAGAUGCUGAAGUUCUUGGACUGGUUUGAAUGUUGUCCACACCAAUACCAGCGGACACUGGUCAAACUGGAGGUGGAUGAAUGGGUCGGUGAAGGUGAAAACAAUCCAAAGGCUGGAAGUAUCAUUGAGACGUUUGUGUACAGCACGACUACAUACAAACCAGAGUGGCUCCAGAACCCAACAUACGAGAAUUACGAUUCUUAUGGUGACCAUGGACUGGAAUAUGUAUGUCGUGAAGAUAGAUGCCCCAAAUGAGAUUUUGCAACGCAGUCUCACGAGAACUCGUAAUAAUUCGUACAAGAUGGUGAAAUCUCAAGAUAUCGCACGACUCGGCUAGAACGUAAAGUUAGGACCUUUAUCCCUAUAGAUACCGACCCAUCAACAAACAGAAUUUCAAAUCAGUAUAAUACAGGCUCCUAUCCAACACUUUAUUUUAAGAAAUGAAAUGUGUUUGAAAAAAUGUGGUUGCUUAUUUCAUAUUUAUGUUGCUUGACAAAAUCAACAUCGUUAUUCUUCAAACUUUGUUUAGAGACCAACAUUUCCAACAAUAACUCCACCUAGAGUUUUUAAGCUACAUCCAUGCUGAGUUGGCUAAUUCUGGCAACCUGCAUGAGCUUCGAGUCUGGGGCCAAUAUUUUGAAUUUGGACUGCCGUACCCAUUUCAAACGCUUGUUGUCAAUCUUACAUAUAGCACCUUUAAUGUUUUACGCAUAAAUCUAUUGAAAUUUGCCAGUAGGAACAAACUUUUGGCUUUUGAUCUUUAAGUAUGUUUUGUAAUUCUUUACUGGAAACCAGGGUGGGAAUACUGAUUGAAAUUAUUAUUAUUAUUACAGUUUAGUUUUUAUCUAAAAAUACUUAAUACUUGAAUAAAUAUGUACUGUACUACUUGCAAAACACUCCAAUAUAUCUGGAUAUCUGUUCUGUUUACAUGUGAGUCAGAGUUGUGAACAAAUAUUGAAUUUUACAAUAAAAUAAUUCAAACUCA